AUUUAACCUUUGGGUGGUUUUAUGUAAUAUCUUGAUAUGUAGAUUUUUAGGAAUAUUUGUGACUGGAAGGUUUUCAGGCCUUUUUACCAGCUAACUUAAUUGUAUAGUAAAAUUUACUGAAAAGUUAUUCGGUCCCUUAGCGACCAUGUCCAAUCCGAAAAUGGGUAAAAGUGGAGAGGAUAUUUAUGUCAUUGCUAAAUAUGACUAUCAAGCCCAGGCUAGCCAGGAAUUAGACAUCAGAAAAAGUGAGAGGCUUCUUUUACUAGAUGAUAGCAAACACUGGUGGAAGGUAUCAAAUUCUAAAAACCAAUCUGGGUUUGUCCCAUCAAACUUUGUGAAACGAGAAAAACCUUCAAUAUUUGAUAGUAUUCGUAGGAAAGUCAAAAAAAGAAGUGAUUCAAAAAUGUCUCCAUCUGCCUCACCAAUUACUACCAAAGAAAUUGAUAUCAAUUCCUCCUCACCUAAUAAUACAUCUCCUAAGAACAAAGCUGUAAUAACAACAACAGCAUUAGCAAAAUACAAUUAUAUAGCUCAACAGGCUGAUGAGAUUUCCUUGGUGAAGGGCACACGGGUAAUUGUAAUGGAGAAAUCUAGUGAUGGAUGGUGGAAAGGUGAGUACGAAGGCUGUGUUGGCUGGUUUCCUUCCAACUAUGUUCUUGAGGAACUUGAUGAACUGAAUGAUGUUAGUCAUAAUUAUACUCCUGCAAGUUCAGCCACCGGAACUUUAAAAGAUACUGAUUGUUUGGAUGUGGUCCUAGCUUUGUACCCUUAUUCUGCACAGAAUGAAGAAGAAAUGUCAUUUCACAAAGGAGAACAUUUAGAGAUAAUUGAUCGACCAGCUAAUGAUCCAGGGUGGUGGAAGGCUCGUAAUCAAGCUGGGGAAGUUGGAUUGGUUCCUAAGAAUUAUGUAAAAGUAAUUACAGUGGGACAAGGUAGUGGAACUUUAGAAUCUGUGGGUUCUUCAUCUUCUGUUAGUAGAGACAUUGGUGGUUCUGCAGCUGGUGUAGAUUUAAGUCGUAUUCGGACUGAAAUAUCUAACAUGAAUGUAACAUCUGUGGAAGGGUCACCUAUAGUACAAGCCAAGAAUAGAGGUCCUCUUCCAGUUCCUGUCUUGAGGCAGGAUUUGCUAGCUAAGCCUUGGUAUGUUGGGAAUGUCACUAGGAGUCAGUGUGAUCAGAUGCUCUGUGAAUAUGGACAAGAUGGAGAUUUCUUAAUUCGAGACAGUGAAACAAAUAUUGGAAACUUUUCAGUGUCAUUGAAAGCACCCAACAGGAAUAAGCAUUUCAGAGUUCACGUAGAAGAAGGAAUCUAUUGUAUUGGCCAACGAACUUUUACGUCUCUUGAUGAUCUUGUAGAACAUUAUAAGAGAGCUCCGAUAUACACCAGCCCUGUUGGGGACAAAAUGUAUCUGGUGAAACCUUUAAAGAAACCUUAAAGAAUACUGGUAGCAUACAUUCUUUGUACAGGGAUCUGUCAUGUGAUCUUAAAAUCAUGUUAUAUGAAUUGAUACCCUAACUAGCUGUCCGCGUAAGAGUUUUGUAGAAUAUAUACUAAAUGUAUGUAAAACCAUGGAGUGAUUUGUUGAUUGGAAGUUAACUUGUAGUCAGUUAUGCUGUCCUUUCCAAAAUCCCUCUUCUAUUUAAGAUCAUGUUUACAUGUCUAAAUGCAAGAUCUGUUUCCAUUAGGAAGGAAUUGUAUUCUAUUAAGCUGUCUGGAGAUAUGUAUAAGUUUAAUAGGUACAAAAGAAACCAAGUUUCUUUUAGGUUUAUCCAGCCUUAUAUGGAACAUAUGAAAUUACAGCUACUGUUUUUGCAAAUGCUAGUGUCAGAACUCACUAUGCAGCACUCAUUGGAUUUUCCUAGAUAGGCUAAGAUCUCUGGGUUUAUACAUACAUAGUACAUAUAAGUAUGAGAAAUUUGAAGUAAUCUUACAUGUUCAAAUUGAUUUGAAUAUAAAUUCUAGUUGUUGUUUUUUUUAUUAGUUUAGAAAGAUAAUCUGUCAUUUGAUUUAAAUGGACUAAUUUUAUAGAGCCAGAUUUCACUAGCUUGUUAUAUAAAGAUAUCAUUUGGUAGCUAAUGUUUGAUGGUUUGUUUUAGAAAUAUUUAUAAUGCUGGUUUAGUAUGUUGGCUUUUCAGUGCUUCCAAAACAUCUAAAAUAAUAUGAAUACACAUGAUUUUAAUAACUGAUUAAAUGUUUUACGCUAAUUGUGUUUGUGAAUAUUUUGUGAGUGAUAAUUGAUUAAGUUGCAGCUAAUUCAUUCAUAUUGAUGAAGAGAUAAGUUAACAAACAGUGUGCACAUGUAUAGGCUUUUUUUGUUUUUAGUUCCUAAUCUUUGUUUAAUCUUUAACAUUCAGGUAGCUUAAGUGUUGUGAAUUGCUUAGUUUCAAACAUUUUUAAUUACUAGGUUUGUAUUUAAUUUUAAUAUUUUUAAUUCAAAGUUCACAUAAUUUAUGCUAAAAAGAUUAAUGUAAAGACCGUGUUGUUUCCAAAAUAGGCUAUGUUUGUGUGUGUGUGUAAUUGUCUGAGAAUGUGUAUAUAGAUGUGAAGAACAUUAAAGAAGUGCAUGUGUGUACAUUCUUGGAGUCAUUUAGUAGCUAAGAAAGGUGGAAAAUUUAGGAUUCAUGGCAUUAACCUUUGAUUGUUUGUGUUUGAAACUUGUAUUGAGUUGUCCCUGUUCUGUUGCAUCUACACAUUAAAUGUCUUCUGAAACUUGCUAAUGUGAACCAACCUCAAACUUGAUACACUUGUUUUCUUAUCAUCUUACAAACUUGUUUUGUACAUUAUUUGAUCAGACAUGUAUUACAGACACAAUGAAUACAUAACAAUCCCUAUAAAAAUUUCUAACCUUAGACAUGUUCGGAUAAAUUGAAAUUUUUACAUUAAAGAAUAUUUUUAGCAAAGAUUUCAGUAACAAUAAAAAAUGUGAGAAAACAUUAUACAAAUUAACCAAAUGUUAGUUCUUCAUGGUGGAAACCUAUUUCAUUGAUCAGUGUUAACAUGUUACAAAUUUCAUAAGCUUCUGUUUGUGUCUUAUUUCUCAUACAUCAUAAAAUUUUAUUUUUAGCUUUAUGGUAAACAUGCCAUUCAGUUUAUUUGUACAGACCUUAAAGUGGAUUGACUUCAGAAUUGAUAGUUUUCCCAUGGUCUCUGCUAAUUUUGUUAAAUACAUAAGUGGUGCUAUAGUUGUUCUUCCUUGUUUCAUACAUUUUUAAUGUUUUUCUUUAAAAUGUCAUAAAAAUGUUUGACCUAAGUUUGAUAUGUAUAUUCACCCACAGAAAAAUAACAUCAAUUUGUAUAACAAACUCUGCUGUAAAUAGUGCUUUGUCUUUUAGCAGUUUAUUCCUUUUUAGGGAUCUUCUCAGUCAUUAAAUAAAAGGACCUCAAACUUGGCAAUAAUAACCAUUCUUCAGGUUUUAUAAAUACUAGAAGACAAGUGGCAUUACUGUAGUUUGUAUUAUGUGUGUGAGUUUAUCUUGAUUUGUCUUUAAUUCUUUUUAUUGGCUAUCAUAUGAGUAAAUGUUCAGCAGGGAACACUGAAAUUAAUUAUUUUUUUUUGUAAAUUUUUAUUGUUUUAUUUUUAAUGAAAUUUUUCAUAAAUAAACAGAUAUGAUAAGCCCAGAUUUGGCAUGGUUGCACCUUCAAAGUGAUUCCUAUUAAAUUAUUUUCAUAGAGCAUAUGAGAUGAAUGAGAGUGUUCUAAAAAAACGUUUUUAGAAACUAAAGUAGAACUUUGAGUAUUAUUGUUUGCAAAAUGUUUAUUCUGAUUAGGAAAGCACUGCAAGACUGUCAUAUUUCUUAAAACAGAAAAACAGCCUGAAAGUCAAGUUCUUUAGCUUUGAAGUUCUAAGUACAUUUUUUAGAAUUAGUUAAGUAUGGACUGAGUAAAAUGAAAAUCUUUAAAUCUGUUUAAUUUUGUAAUCUGGUCUAAAGUUUAUACGAACAUUUUCUGUUUUAUAUUGUACAUGAAGCCUGCUGUACUACUUACUUUUCCCCCUUAUAAUAUCAGUCAUUAGCUGAAUAGUAGACACAUGUGUAUUCAUUACUGUUUUCUUGGAAUUCUGUAAUUCAUAAAGUAUGCCCUACUUGAGUAAGGCUUAUCCUGUAGUAUUUAAACUAUCAGUUACACAGUACAGGAACUGUAAUGAUAAUCAUUUCUGUAGACUGAGGCAAGCAGACAUACAGAUACGAAUAUGUAGAUAACAUGCAAAUAUUUUAAUGGACUUUGGAAAUUGCUUGGUAAGAGCCAUAACAUUUUUAUAUUGGUAUUUAUUAAUGUAAAGUUUUGUUACCUAAGUGGUGAUGAUAAAAGAAGUAAAUAUGAAGUAGAUUUAUUCCUGGAUUUAAAUUUUUUUGGUGCAUCUGUUUAAAGAAAGGAAGUUAACUGUGUGACAUUUUUAUAUUAUUUUACAAGCUAAACAAGUGAAGUGGGAUAAAAUUGUAAACUUCUUGAGAAUCAAAUAUUUAAAAGCUUACUUUUAUAUCAGAAACUGAACUUUUUAAGAUAUUUCAUGCAUGGCACAUGUAUCUUUUAAAACAGUUUCCACUGAACUAUAGUACAAUGUACCUACAUGUAUGAAAUCAUGACUUUUCUGUGAUGAGAUGUAUGUAAAGGAUUUAAGAAUUUCUUAAGUAGAUAAGAAGUUAUUGAAACAGUGAUUUUGAAUUAUUCAUUUGCUGACAUAAUUGAAUUACAGUAUGGAAUACAAAUCUUAAAAAAUCUAUUUGUUUUUACAUAUAUUAUAAAUAUACAAUAUACAUAUGUAGACACAUACUCACACACAAUUCAAACAUCAAACUUCUCUCAUAAGUAUGAUAUUUAACACUGUUUAAUUUUCACAAAUUGUGAAGCUUUUACUACAGUAACUAAAAGACCAAAUUUCAUGUUUCCAUCUUGCUGAGGAAAGAAAUCUGUUAAUUUAAAAACAUUUAUAAAUGUACAUGUGCUAUUACAUCUUGACUCCCUGUAAUGUAUGUAACAUUUGAUGUUACUUAAAGUUGUAACACAAGCACAGCAAUACUUAAGUAAUGCAUGUGUUGAGGAAUGCUAUCAGACAAAUCUGGAUUUUUGAGAUGUGUACCUCAAAUCACCAGUAAUCAGGGACAACUACAAAUACAUGUCUAUAUAUCUGUAAUUACCCAGUAUAAGGUCAUAUUUUGACUUCUUGUAUGUAAAGCUAUUUAAAAUACUUAAACAUUUAUAGGGUAUGCUAUUUUAGGAGCUUCUAGAAUACACCCCAAUUAGAAAAUAGAAUUAGAACUAAAUAGUUUAAUGUAAAUGUUAAGUCAGAGUAAAAAUGAUAUCUCUUUCCAUAGAAAAGUUGAAACUGUUCUAUUUUUGCACCUUAAAAACAAGUAACAUUACAAAAGUUGCAUUUUUUAAGUGACAUAAUUAUAGUCAUAACAGAACCACUAAAUUACAUUUCACCAUUUUUGUUUUUAUGUUAAUAGUUUUUUUUUAUCCUACAGUACUUUUAAGUGAAUCUGAAAAAAAAGAUAAUUUAAUAUGAUGAGCAGAGCAGUUGAUAAAGGAGAAUAAUCUUGUAUCAGUACUAGAAAGAAAAAUGGAUAAAUGUGACACUUAACUAUUUGGUAGAGAUGACAGAAACAAUAAUAAAUUAAUGAAACUUAAAUGUCAUUUGAGGUAAAAAGCAAAGCAUUUUACUCUAACUAUAAGAUUAAAUAUAAUCAUUUCCAAGUCAGAGCACUUUUAUUUUAGUAUAGUUUUGAUAUACAGUUGAACGUGUUGUAUGACAGUGCCAGAGUCGUGCAUUAAGUAAUGUGUUUAAUAUGUGUGGUUGUGUAGAAAUAGCUCUACCAUACAGUAGCUCAAGUAAUGUUAUGUUAGAGUAAAAGCAAUGUAUUGUACAUUACAUUAAAUAAUAUUCAGUAUGUAUUGAUUAUAUUGUACAUCAGGCUAAAUAAUAAGCUGUGUUGUUGUAUGAGCACAAAAGUUUAUAAGUUAAAUUGAGAACAAGUAUUGAUGAAAAAGAGCAGCCUUGUAAGUUAGGUCAAUGUUCUUUUUUUUUCUGUUAAAAUUAUAGAAAGUUUGUACAGUUUUUAAAGAAAUAAUAUCUUAAUCCUUUGUGUGCAUUAUGUAAAUAUUGUCAAAUAAUUGCACUUAUAGUUAUAAUACUUGUGAUAAGCUCUUGAGGUUGCAUCUAAGUAGAAGUUCUUUCAAAGUCGAUGGAUUUGUUAAAAUCAUAUUCAAAAAUCAAUAACACUACAGUUAACUUAAAAUGUGUAAGUGUUCCUAAUAACACAAGGUUUACCUGUUCAGUACCCAUUUAUUGCAUAUCUGUUAGUAUUUACAUGUAGGAAUAUUGAACCAAGUUAUUUUUAUUUUAUAUUUCUGUCAGACAGGUUAACUUAAGAACAAGCAGCAGAAACUUAGGAUUUUUCACUUUUUCCUUAAUUUCAAGAGAGGAUAAUAUAAACAUGGUGCACUAUAAGUUAUUUUGAUUGAGAGGUCUCCAAACUUUUAGCCAUCUUUAAUAUAUCAUCCAUUAGUCAGUACGCAGGGAUGAGACACUUAACAUGCAGAUUUCAGGUACUCAUUAAGAAAAAACUCUGUGAUGGUGUGUCUAAUGACUUCUGUAGGCAUCUCCUGAACCUUCUUACUUCUAUCUUCAAUAAAAUAAUUGGAUCAAAAAAUAAGAGUUAUUAUGUAUUCCACCAUUCCUGUACCAUUGAUUAGAUCUAAUUAGGAUGAAAGUGUUUAAGUGCUGAUUGAAUUAUCUUCUUGGUAUCAUUGUUCUUUUGUAGAAAAAUCAAACUUUUGUCUUUCAGUAAAAAUAGUACAAAAUUAGCUUGCCAUAAGAUAAUUUUUCUACAAUUUUUAGAGUUGGAAGCUUUUUCUUUAUUUUUCAAUUAACAUGCACCCACCUUGUAUUAAUUUCAAUUUUUAAAAUUUCUGUUAAGGUUGAUAGUGUUCUUUUCACAGUUUUGUGUUUGUAUUUCAAUUAAGAACAUAUAAGUAAGUAUAUUGUUAUAUUUAAUGGCAUUGUGUGUGGAAUAAGUCAUGUGCCUGUCUUCUAAACAUAAAGUUUAAGAGAGUUGCUUAUAUUUUUCCACUAUAUUAUUGAUCAGUUUACACAUAAUGGUUUGGAUGUUUGUCUGAGCGAUCUGCUUUCAUGAAAGGUACUUAGUUAAAUGGCUCUGAACCUCAAUGAGUGAAGGCACUCAAAUGAUGUUGCGAUGAGGUUAGUUGGUAGUGUAAAUAUAAAAUCAUAUUAAAAGAACAGCUAGAUCCAGACUAGGCUUAUACACUUAUAAAUUUUAAACUCAGCCCAUUAGGUGCAAGAUUUGUAGCAAGAUUUUAUUACUUUUGUUUUAAUUAUUAUUAGAAUUAUUUUAAUAGUCUCUAAGCAAUUUGUUAAAAGUAGCUGAAACGUUAAACAAAUGUUAUAAACCUACAUGGUUCAGGUAAUAAACAGUUUUUCAAAUGAGUGUAUAUAUAGGAUGCCACAGUUAUCUUAAAAUAAUGUAUUAAAAUUGUGUAUAUUCAAAUAUACAAUCCUUUUAUUGUACUAAUAUGUGCCAAUUAAGAAGAAACCAAAACUUUUUGAAUAUAUUUAAUUGUCAAUGCAGUAAAUACUUCAAAUCAUUCUGAAAGAAUAAAUGAUUUUACUACCUAGAACAGGGUUCGGCAAUCUGUGGCCCUUUAAGGAUGGUUAUACGGCUCUCGUCUAUCUGCUGUGUGCACCAAGGGGAAUUGAAUUUCUGAUUUUAACAUUGUAAGUUCGAAGACUUACUGCUGUCCCACCGGUGGACUUUUCUUUUCUUAGGUUAGACCGUUAAGGCAUAUUGCAGCUCUCGAAAUGUUUUGGCCUUAGACAAAAACAAAAAAUGGCUAUUCUCCUCUGAAGGUUUGCCAACUCCUGAUGCAGAACUUAACACAGUGUGCAGAACUAUAAUUUUCAAAUGAUCUUUUAGUUUAGUAUUUGUAUUUUCUUAGAAAUAGUUUAGAUUUACUUCACAAUCAAAUUAACAAUUGAGAGUAUGAAGCAUAUCUAUGAGAAAGCAUGUGGGAGAAAUUUCUUGCUGAAAUUUAUUUGUGUGCUUCAUAAUAAGAAUGUAGCUUUGGAAGCAACUUAAUAUUUUGAGAGUGUAAUCAUAGUCUUCCUAUCUUGAAUUUAUUAUUUUCAAUUCCUAAAACAAUAUAAAAGUACACACUGGUUUGUUGUUAUGUAUAUUAUGUAUUAAAUUACCACUAUAAAUAUAGUAAUGCCAAAAUUAAGUUCAAAAUAGUAGUCUACAAAUGAUAAUCGAAGGUGUGAUAAGUUUCUGUGAUAAAAUUAACAAAUUUCUUCAGCUUACUAAUUACCAAGUUUAUGAAUUUAACAAUUGUUAUAUAUUGAACUUAACCACAACCAAUUUUUGCAGAAAAGAGACCCCUAAAACUAUUAUUUUAUGUAUUAAAUAAGAAAGGAAAAAUAUGUUUAAAAUAUUCUUUUCCUAAGGAGAUUCUUUUUGGAUGAGUAAAUAAAAUAGUCUUGAUACUUGCAUGUAAUAUCUUCUAAGAACUUAAAUUAUAGUUUACUAUUUAUGGAACUGAAGACUCAACUAGUUAUGUGCUAAAAUUAACCUUUUCUAGUCAGUAGAGAAUUUUUUGUUGACAAAUGAGAAAAAAAAACUAUCAGGGUAUAUAAUGAUGCCAUAUUUAACAUGUAUAGGAAAAAUUGUGCAAGUACUUCUGAUUUUACCAGCACAAGGAUGAAACUGAAAUUUAGGACCAAGUAUUGAAUUAAUGUGAAUGACUUUUACAAUGUAUAAGUUUUUCUUAUCUGAUAAAUAGCAGCAUUUUGUGUAUACUUCAAUUCUGAAGUAGAGCAGGAAUACUUAUGCUUCCAUCGUGAAUACAUAUAGUAGCUCAAGUUUGUUUUACUGUGUUUAAGCUGCCUACUUUUGUAAAUAAAAUGUAGAAAUAAAAGCUUAUUGUGUGUUGUGAAUAUUCAUUAAACUGUACCUAAUUUAAACUGCGUGUACCAACACGAGGAAAUUGACAAAACGGAGUGACUGGCAUGCUUAUUUGGACACAUGUAAGAAAUUGCUUCCGUGUGAUUCUUAUAAC